AUGAGCAGUGGGCAGUCGUCGCCGAUGGAGUCAAGCGGUGGAGCAUGUCCACAUGGCGACGACGCCCCGGGGGCGAGCUCCUCCAAGAAGCUGUGGCACGGGAUGCAAGCCGUCUACCUCGUCCUCAUCAAGAAGCACCAGCCGAAGCUCGCCGCGCUCGGCAUCCACCUGCACAGCCUCCUCUCCAGCAGCAAGCGCCACGGCCACCGCCGCCGCAGCAGCCUCGCCGCGCGGGAGCGCGAGGAAAACCCGGCGCUGAUGUACCUGUCGUGCCGGUCCAUGGACCCCGCCGCCGCGGUGGUGCACCCGUACCCGCGCGGCCACGGCCACCGCCGCGCGUCGUCGUCGUCGUCGAGGCACGCGGCCCCAUCGCUGUCGUGCCGGUCCAUGGACCCCGCCGCCGCCGUGUGCAAGUACCAGUACCGUCCCCGCGAGGUGGAGUUCAGCUGCAAGAGCACGCCAAUGCACAAACGCCGGCGCGAGAAUAAGCACCGCCUGCGCCUGCAGAGCCGCGCCGCCGCCGCCGACCAGGGACACGACCACGACCACCCGUCGUCGGAGCCGGAGCACUACUACGGCUCGGCCGCGGCGGUGACGAGGCUGUUCGCGCUCAUGGACGUCGAGGAGGUGGCCGAGGGCGAGGCGGCGGACGUCGUCGGCUACUACGAUGACGGCGAUCUGGACCUGGACCUGGGCGCCGCGGCGGCGUGGCCGGCGCUGGCGGCGGUCGGGUCGGCGCCGCGUCAGGUGCGGAUCACGGACUCGCCGUACCUGGCGAGGGAGGAGGACAACGAGGAACUGAGGAGCGCGGUGGACAUGCGCGCCGACGAGUUCAUCAUGUGGUUCCACGAGCAGCUGCGCACGCAGCAGCAGCAGCGCAGCACGCGCAACUGGGUCAGAUAA